CUUUGCUGAUUUAGCCUAAGGUGGAUGUUCACUUCUCUCCGUCAUUAUUCCGCAUCUCUGAUCUGCCUCCACUCCCUCGCUACUGGACAUUCCUACGCCGUCCCUCCCCUUUCCUCCUCCCUUCUUGUACAAGCUCUCAUCUCCUGUUAAAUUUGCCUCAUGCACAGUUUACGCACACGACAAACCUCAUUUGAAGGAUUCGCAUGGACUGUGUUUGAUUUGUGGAAGUUGGAGAACGGACGCCAUCAACUUGUUGGCGCCGUGGAUGCUCAUCCACUAGAUGGGCCUGCGCUGCGUAGAGGUUGCCAGGCUGGAUUGGAGAGGCGCUCCAUGGCCGUCUUGUGGAGGCAGGAUGUUGAGGCCAGUCUGUGCGGUCCUUCUGCUCUGCAUCGUCAGCGUACCCGCUCGCACGAGAGUCAGUACUCGUAAUGUCCUGUAUCCGUUUGGACCUGACCACAUGGAUCUGGAGACCCCCAAGAUGGAUGACGGGAGCUCCCCUGAGAUUCCUCUGCUCGUGCCCUUCGUUUUCUUCAGUACCCCUUACCGCACCAUUUAUAUCAACAAUAAUGGCGUGAUAUCCUUUAACGAGCAUGUGAGCCAGUUCACGCCAGAAGCGUUCCCCCUGAGUGACAGCCGCUCCUUUAUCGCCCCCCUAUGGGCGGAUGUGCACAACGGGAUCCGCGGCGACGUCUACUACAGGGAGACCACCCAGCCGCAAAUACUGGAGCGGGCGACGCAUGACGUCCGGCGACAUUUCAAGAACAUUCCCAACUUCACGGCCACCUGGGCCUUUGUCACCACGUGGCACCAGGUCACCUUCUACGGCGGGAGCCAGACAACCCCGGUGAACACAUUCCAAACUGUGCUAAUCUCAGAUGGUGCAGUGUCCUUCGCUCUGUUCAACUACGAGGAAAUCGCCUGGAGCACAGGCACGGCCAGCGGUGGAGAUCCUCUAACCGGACUGGGUGGCACUACAGCUCAGUCAGGUUUUAAUGGCGGGGAAAUCGGACACUUCUUGAACCUGCCACGAUCGCGGUCCAACGAUGUGGUGAACAUAGAGCAGACCACCAACGUGAACAUUCCAGGACGCUGGUUCUUUCGUGUUGACCCAGAGCUGAUCGACCCCGCCAAUGGCUGCAGCUACAAUGGUCGUUUUUACAGACGAGGUGAGGUCUUCUGGCUUUCGGACCGCUGCUUACAACGAUGCCGCUGUCUUGACGUCGACAACGAGGUGCUCUGCCAAGACACUCCAUGCAGCCAGCUGGAGACCUGCGAGCAGCAGGAGGGGGCCUUUUACUGUCAGCCCACCCGCACCAGCACCUGUGUGGUGUUCGGUGACCCCCACUACCACACAUUCGACGGUCUUCUCUACCACUUUCAAGGAACCUGUUCCUACCUGCUGGCUCGGCCAUGCUGGGAAGCCGCGUGGCUGCCUUUCUUCAGCAUAGAGGCCAAAAACGAAGACCGUGGGGUGUCGACAGUCUCCUGGCUGAGAGAUGUAACCAUAGAGGUCUACAGUCACCGAGUCACAUUGCUCAAAGGAAGUUUGGGAAACGUUCAGGUGGAUGGCUUGGUGAAGACUCUACCGGUCCAGCUUCAGCUUGGUGCUGUCAAAGUCUACCAGUCUGGAGUGGCUGUUGCUUUGGAAACAGAUUUUGGACUCCUGGUGACGUACGACGGCCAGCACUAUGCCUCCAUCUCCCUGCCGAGCUCUUACUUCAACAACACGUGCGGCCUGUGCGGGAACUACAACGACGACCCCGCCGAUGAUCCUGUCCUUCCUGACGGCACCCUGGCGGAAAGCGUGGCUGAACUGGGCGGAGGCUGGCGAGCGGAGGGCGCCGACUGGCAUUGCACUGACGGUUGCGUAGACAACUGCAGCGUGUGCGAUGUGCUAACGGAGGCCUUCUUGUUUGGCUCAGACUACUGCGGGCUCAUAAACAAAACUGACGGAGCUUUCAGGGACUGCAGAGCCGUGGUGGAUCCCACCGCUUUCGUGUUUAGUUGUGUCCACGAUAUGUGUAGCAACAAGGACAAUAUCACAACACUCUGCCAAGCCAUCCAGGCCUACGCUCUGGCCUGUCAGGCACUUGGUGUCACAAUCCAUCCCUGGAGGUCUCGGACCUUCUGUGCCCUGACGUGUCCACCGUUCAGCCACUACCAAGUGUGCACCAGCGCCUGUCCGGCCUCCUGCUCGGAUAUCACCGCUCCCUUGUAUUGCGCCCACCCUUGCACCGAGGGCUGUCAGUGCGAGCAAGACUACGUCCUCAGCGGCAACCAUUGUGUACAGCGGGAUGACUGUGGCUGUGAGAACAAUGGUCUCUAUUACCCUCUCAAUGACACUUUUUGGGCAGGCCCCAGCGGCGAAGAAGGUGAAUGUAGCCUCCGAUGCACCUGCGUGGGCGCGGGCGAAAUCUCUUGCUUCAAUGAGUCUUGCAAGGAAGGCGAGGUGUGCACGGCGGAGGUGGGCACGCUAGGUUGCUACCCUCGCCGGGAGGGGCUGUGUUCAAUCGCUCAGAACGCUGUGACAUCAUCCUUUGAUGGCGCCUUCCUGCUGUUCCCAGAUGACAGCUCCUACUACCUACUGAGGCUGUGUGGGGCUGUGCCAGCUAAUGGUUCAAUGGUGGAGGUGAAGAUAGGCAGACGGCUGGUGAACAAAGCCCCUGCUUGGAAAAGACCUGUGGUAGUCACGGUUGCUAGCCUGGAGGUUCAGGUGGGAGGGCUGGAUUUGGAAACGGUAAAGGUCAACGGCAAACUGACCACCCUCCCGUACGUCCAUCCGACACAGACCAUAAAGGUCUACAGAGCAUCGGGUAACGCCACGGUGGUGGAAUCCCGUGGUCAACUUCGUGUUCACUACACACAACAGGGAUCUGUCAACAUCUCCCUCUCCACCGCAUUCUACAACGUCACCUGUGGUCUGUGCGGUGUCUUCAACGGUGACCCCGCUGACGACUUCCGCCUCCCCAACGGACGCCUGGCGGAGUCUGCCUCACAGUUCUCAGAGGGAUGGCGUUCCAUCGCCGACGACAUUACGUGCAAUGGAGACUGCGAAGACUUGUACCGCAUGUGCACGGACCUACGCCACUAUCAGAGUCCGUGGAUGUGCGGCAACAUCAACGACCCCGGGAACAGCUCCUUCCUGGCGUGUCAUAGGGCAGUGAACCCCUCACAGUUUUUCCGGAACUGCUUGUACAACAUGUGCGUGAAGGACGGCGACCGCUCGGCCCUCUGUUCCUCGCUGCACGCUUACGCCGCUGCCUGCCAGGAUGCUCAGGUGGUUGUCACUUCCUGGAGGAUAACCACCGACUGCCCUUUUCCCUGUCCGGCCAACAGCCAUUUCGAUGAGUGCGCCAGCGCUUGCCCCCUGACGUGCUCUGGCCUGGACCGGCCUGACGCACCAUGCCCGUUACCGUGCGGCGAGGGCUGCCGCUGCCGGAAUGGCUUCGCCCUGCAGGACGGCAUGUGCGUGGCCCGCAGCGAAUGCGGCUGCACAGGCCCCGAAAGUAACCGCCGGCUGCCCUCAAAUCACACUUUCUGGAAGGACAGGGCCUGCCUGGAGCGCUGCUACUGCAACGGUUCAGACAACAGCGUAUACUGCUUGGUUGUGCCGUGCCACCCUGAGGAGUACUGCCACGAGGACGACGGGUUGUACUACUGCAGGCCUCGCACUGAGGCUCUGUGCGUGGCGGCCGGUUAUGGCCAUUUCCUGCCGUUUAGCGGUGUUCCGUUUGAGCUGCAUAGCUCUUGUAGCCUGAGCUUGGCCACCACUAACUGUGGGAGCAGGGACACUGCAAUCAUAAGUGGAAGUUUGCCUCCAUUUAAAUUAUCAGCUCUUAAUGAGGAGAGGGACACAGGCCAGGCGGUUUGGGUGAGGGGCUUCGUGCUGGAGGCCUUUGACUUUGAGAUUGAGGUGUCCCGAAGCUACAAGAACACCGCCAUGGUGAAUAAGGAGCGGUUGUACGUUCCUGUGACGCUCGGCCCGGGGAAGGUCACCAUCUUCACUUUGGGCACAGUGCUCGUCCUGGAGACGGACUUCGGCCUCAAGGUGGUCUUCGACUGGAACACCCUGCUCUUGUUGACUUUACCCCGUCACCUUUACAACGCAUCUUGCGGCCUCUGUGGGGGUUUGCCCUCAGCCUCUGUCAGCCACACCGCUGACCGCUGGGGCGCGGCCUGGGCCGAGAAGGACGCUUUUUGCCGGGUGGGCUGCGGCGAUUCGUGCCCGAGGUGCGGCACGGGGGAUAAAAACCUGCCGGGUGAUAGCUCGAUUGUAUUGGCUGGCGAAAAUGGCGACACGGAAGACAACCCCACAACCGGACUCCGUUCCCGUCCGCGAGACGGUCUCUACGUGUUUGCGGAGCCCGAGACAGCGAGCCUGUGCGGCCUGAUGGUGGAUCGCGAGGGUGCGUUUGCAUGCUGUCACAGUAAGGUGGCGCCAGGGUUCUUUUACCAAAGCUGCCUGCGGGACGUCUGCUUGGACGGUGCUCAGGAAACCGUUUGCGGCUGGCUGCAGGCCUACGCCAUCACCUGUCACACGCAAGGGGUGCCUGCCACCGACUGGAGGGGUGACACGCCAUGUGUCCAGAGAUGUCCGCCAAACAGCCGCUACUCCAGGUGCGUGCCGGUGUGCCCGCCCCAGUGCGCGUCCGCCCGCGGCCCGAGGGAUUGCACCCAGGACUGUGUGGAGGGCUGCCAGUGUGACCAGGGAUACGUCCUCAAUGGCAAGAGCUGCAUCCUGCCUCAAGACUGCGGCUGCUACACUGACGGCAAGUACUACGAGCCCAAGCUGCUGUUCUGGAACGGAGAUUGCACCAAGCGUUGCCAGUGCAUUGGCCGCAACCUGGUGCAGUGCGACCCGCGCCGCUGCAAGGCGGACGAGGAGUGCUCCCUGCGUCACGGCGUACGGAGCUGCUUCGCGCGGCGCUCCCAUCAGUGCGUGGCGUCGGGCGGCGGCGUGUUCAAGACCUUUGACGGCGCCUCGCUGCGCCUGCCCGCCUCCUGCUCCUUCGUGCUGUCCACCAACUGCCACAAACUGCCCGACCUCUCCUUCCAACUCAUUGCCAACUUCGACAAGCACAGCACGCCCAACCUCACCACCAUCUCCCACGUCUACCUCUACAUCAACGAGGAGAACAUCCUCAUCUCGGGCAACACGGUCAAGGUGAACGGCACCCCGGUGUCGGUGCCGUUCGUGACGGGUCUGAUGACGCGCCUGUCCGCGUCGGAGGGUUUCAUCGACAUCGACUCGCCGCAGGACAUCCGGGUGCGCUACAACCGUUACAACACGCUGAGCGUCAGCAUGGGCGCACGGCUGCAGGACAAGCUGUGCGGCCUGUGCGGCAACUUCAACGGCGACCCCGGCGACGACUACAUCACCUCCACGGGCGGGGAAGCCGCCAGCGCUCUGGAGCUCGCCCAGAGCUGGAAGACCAACGGCAUCCAGCACAGGUGCGACGAAACCCAAUACGUGGCGCUGGCCCGGUCGUGCGACAACUCUGCCGUGCUAGCUCUGCAGCGCGAGGACACGUGCCUGAAGUUGACCGAGCCGAAGGGCUUCUUCCAGCCGUGUCACGGCCUGCUGGACCCGCGGCCCUUCUACCAGUCCUGCUACCUGGACGGCUGCUACAACCAACGCGGCGCACAAGUGUGCGGCUCGCUGGCCGCCUACGCCGAGGCCUGCCGCUCCAUGGGCGUCCUCACCACCAAGUGGAUCGCCCAGGAGAACUGCUCAGAAUGGAUCUACGACCCGUGUGCAACGGAGACCUGCACCAACUUCACAUGCGAGCUGGAGAACGGAGGCGACCUGUGCGGGUGUCCCGAGUUGCCCGCCAGCCACCAAGGCGACGACGACGUGAUCGAGGCGGAGGUGACUUGCAAGCCGGCCAUGAUGGAAGUGUCCAUCUCCAAGUGCAAGCUCUUCCAACUGGGCUUCCAGCGCGGCGACGUUCGCGUCAACGACCAACGCUGCGUCGGCGUGGAGGGAGAGGACUACAUCUCCUUUCACAUCAACAACACCAAAGGACACUGCGGCUCCAUUGUACAUUCAAAUGGCACCCACAUUAUGUACAAAAACACAGUGUGGAUCGAGAGCGUCAACAACACGGGCAACGUCAUCACUCGGGACAGAACCAUCAACGUGGAGUUCUCCUGCGCAUACGAGCUGGACCUGAAGAUCUCGCUGGAGACCGUCAUCAAACCCAUACUCAGCGUGAUCAACCUCACGCUGGCCACCCAGACGGGCAACUUCGUCACCAAGAUGGCGCUGUACAAGAACGCCUCGUACCGCCAGCCGUACAGGGAGGGCGAAGUGGUCCUCAGCACGAGGGACGUCCUCUACGUGGGCGUCUUUGUGGAGGGCGCCGACGAAAACCAGCUCAUCCUGGUGGUCAACAUGUGCUGGGCCACGCCGUCACGCAACAGCAGCGACCGACUGCGCUACGUCGUCAUCGAGCGAGGGUGUCCCAACAUCAACGAUAACACCAUCGGCAUGGCACAGAACGGCGUGUCGCUCACCUGCCGCUUCCACGUCACCGUCUUCAAGUUCAUCGGCGACUACGACGAGGUGCACCUGCACUGCGACGUUUCGCUGUGCGACGCCGAGAGACACGCCUGCAAAGUGAAUUGUCCGCCGAAGAGGAGGAUGUCAUCCAAGGAUAAGAUGCUCAAAGAUCACAUACUCAGUGUUGGGCCCAUUCGAAGACGAGCGUUGAACUGGUGCGAGGAGUACAACGGCGGCUGCGAGCAGAUGUGCACCAGCACGGCGAGCGGUCCGGUGUGCAGCUGCGUCACCGGGAUGCUGCAAGCGGACGGGACGAGCUGCCGCACUUUGAGUUCCAGCUGCAGACUCGCACCUGCACACCUCCUGCUGAGCGCCGCCGUUUCUGCGCUUCUUCUUCUUCGCUGACGCACAACUGCAAACAGAAAAGACUUGAACGCGCAAAAGACUGGCGGUGUGAUUCAUUACUUCCACCUCAUUCUGUCCUUUACUGUUAUGCGGGAGAUUGUUUCUAAGCGUUGUGUGUCCCUGGGUGUUUUUCCUUUUGUUGUCACUAGGUGGCGCUGUAGGGCUCGUGUUUUAGUGUUGAUAUGUCCUCCAACACAGAGGUGGAGAACCUAUGCUGGCGACAUAUACUUUAAAAGUUCUCAUUUUCAGGGACUAGAACAAAAGAAAAAUUAUAUGUGAAUAAAUGUGUACAAUUACAACAACAAAAACAUUCCAGAUUCUAUGUGAAUGUAUUUUAAUAUUACAACGUUCAUACACACAAAAAAACCUAUACAAACAAAUAUUAGGAAAAAUGUAAAAAUGUUCAGAGAAUUAAGUUGUAAUAUGAAGACAACAUUUUGAGAAAAAGGGAAUACAUUAAUUAUUUACAACCCUAAAAGUUGUAAUUUUACAAUCACAAAAAUACAAACAAAAAGAUCCAGAUUUCACAUGAAUGUGUUUGAAAUUGAAGGGCAAACUUGUAAUUUUACAACCAUAAAAGCUUCGUUUUUCAAAAUAGAGAGCAAUAGUAAAGUUGUAAUUUUUUUUUGCUACGAGUCAUAAAAUCACAAGGACAAAGUGGUAAUUUUCCAAGAAUAAAGUAUAUUUAAUUUGAAUUAUUUUACAAAAAAAGUUAGUUUUGUGGGGAUUAUGUUGAAUUUUUACUCUAGUCAUAAUAUCAAAAUUGAGAAAAAACGCAUCAUUUUCCAACAGAAAAGUUUGUUUUGUGACAAUGUCAUCAUUUUACAAAAAUGUCAUAAAAAUAUGAGAAAAAGUAGCAAUUUGGUAAUUUUGCAAAUAUAAAAUUGUAUUUCAAGAGAAAAACAUGAUUUGUGAGAAGAGAAUAAAGGAAAUUCAGAGGGGGAAAAAAGCAUUAUUUUGGGAGAGUAAAGUCAUAAUUUUACAACAACAAAGUUGUUAUACUGAGAAAAAACUAUAUUGUGAGAAGAGAAUAAAGAUGCAAUAUUCGAGACAGAAGUAAUCAUUCUUAAUUCUUAGCAUAAAGUCAUUGUCACAAGAGCAAAAUGGUAAUUUUCCAAGAAUAAAGUUGCAAGAAUACAAGGAAAAAAUACAUUAUUUUAUAAUAAAAUGUGGUAAUUUUUUGGAGUAAAGUCAUAAUUUUAGAAGAAUAAAGGCAUAAUAUUAAGAGUAUUUUUUAGUAAGAUUAAAGUAUCAAUAAUUUGAGACAAAAGUGAAAAAAGGUUCCUCACCCGUGAUUUGUGGAGGGAUCGAACAAGACGUCCGUUUCGUAAUAUCGCACUUUAUCUCAGGGUAUUCCGUCAUGCGUGACUUUUCCCGUGUUGUCUAAACACGGCGUCUGGCCACGCCUGGUUUGCUU